GCGCGUCGUUUCUAUGGUUCCCGCCGGAAGAACGCGGAGGCGUCUCCGCGGCGAGCGCGGUUGCUAUGACGCCUGAGACCGGGCAGGCACCUGCCGCUGGCCUCUGAGCGGCUGUGGAGCGGCGUUGGGCGCGCCCUGGGACCCUCACAGCGCUCUCCGAAGGACACUUUCGGGCCUGGUUCCCGAGGCUCCGGCCGCGGGCCCGAGGAGGAAAGGACCUAUUCUCCGUUCUUUUUCAGCAUCCCGGUCUUUCCCUCUUCUCUGCCCAGCAUGGUCCGAAACGACAGGAGAGCCUCUUCUGGAUCGGCCUUUCCAACCGCGGGCUGGAGGGAUUCUGCAUGAGGAUGGAUUCGCCAGUUUCUCGGCACCCACGCACAGCAGGCAUUUAGAGUUAGGCUGCUGCUCUUAUUUAAAGAGGGCUGAGAACACCCGCAGUGUGUUAGGUAGGCGUUCCUUUUCUCACUUUCCAGGCGGAGACUCACCCCUGCACAGAGACCGGGCCUGAAAAUCCAGGCCAUGACAAAGUCCACCAAACCACCGCUUCCCCUGGUUGUCGGCCUGUGAACAAAGAACUGCCAUUUUCUUCUUUUUGCCCUGUGUUCGUCAUGCACCUUACUUCCUGAUGAAGCUGGAGGCCUUUUGCAUCCUCAACGUCAAGCGUCAUCAAGUGGAAAAUUAUGCAAACCGCGUCUGUAACUUACCAGAGGCAAAAGAAGCAUUUUCUCAUGGUUGUGAAAAGGAAAGCAGACAGCCUAGACAUGAGUUUAAAGAGUUCCAACUCAAACCAGGAGUGCCAGUAAAGGAGGUUGAAAUGUGUCGAGAAGGCUUGUCUGACAUAGCUCUGAGCAGCCCCAGUGAACAGGCUGCACACUUACUCAUGGAAAGAAGUACAGUCUUGAGGAAACUGGAAUUUGGGGAUCCCAAGCAAGAGUCACAAAGAGAUCUGAGCCACAGCCUCCAGAAAGAAUUUCCCCAGGAGAAAUUUGAACAAACCUACCAGCCUCUGCAAAGGGAGCAGCAGAGGCAUCAAGGACCUGCACAUCAGUCUAGAAAACAUUUGCGCGAGAUGCACGAUGAAGACCUAGAAAAAGAUAAAACGUCUCAAAACGGCGUGGAGAGAGAUUUGGAGCACGCCGCAAGGAGCCUGGGGACGGCCCGUGAGGAGAUCCGCAGGCUCGCCGCCCAGGAACCGCAAGGCCAGGGGGAAGAGCAGCGCAAAUUAGAUUCUGCAUUUGAGAAGUCUCAACUAGAAGUUGAGAAAUUAAAAGAACUUUUGAAAGAGCUGAAAGAAAAUGACUCAGUUGACUUACAGAAAGCAAAGGAACAUAACCGGAGACUGGAUGAGGAAAUUCUGGCUUUAAGGAAUCGGGUUCGAUCACUUGACUCAGAAAAAAAAGUACUUGGAGAAGAGGUUGAACGGCUUAGAGGAGAAAUUUGUGACUCUCCAGAGAGGAAGCACCUUGGAAACCACUCUCCCGGAAAAACGUACCGAUCAUCUGGAGACAGAACCAAGUCCCAGCCGCAAGAGGAACUACAACAGCUUCGCCAGGAUUUGCACCGGCUCCAGGUUCUGUGUAGCUCAGCAGAAAAAGAGCUUCGCUAUGAGCGAGGAAAGAACUUGGACUUAAAGCAGCACAACAGCUUACUGCAGGGAGAAAGCCUUAAGAUCAAAACUGAACUAAAGCAGGCCCAGCAGAAGUUACUGGACAGCGCAAAAAUGUGCUCUUCGCUGACAGCUGAGUGGAAGCACUGUCAGCAGAAAAUCAAAGAACUGGAGCUGGAAGUCCUUACACAGGCUCAGAGCAGUAAAUCACAGAGCAGCCUCGAGGAAGAGCUGGCUCGGGAGAAAUCUAACGUUGCUGCGGCAGAGGAAAAGAUUUCGGAUCUGCAGCAGAAAUUAGAACAUGCUCAUAAAGUCUGUCUCGCAGACACUUGUAUUUUGGGGAAGAAGCAAUUAGAGGAAAGGAUAAAAGAAGCAAUGGAAAAUGAAGCUAAAAUAAAGCAAAACUAUCAGGAAGAACAACAGAAGAGGAAACUCCUACAUCAGAAUAUGAAUGAGCUGCAAAACCAAGUGAAAACCUUGCAGGACAAAGAGAGACAAUUGGAAAUGACCAAUGUUCAACAGCAGCUCAGAAUUCAGCAACAGGAGGCCCAACUUAAGGAACUGAAAAAUGAACGAAGACUAUGUGAUGAGCAUCUCAAGAGCAACCAGGAAUUGUCAGAGAAGCUGUCGGGGCUGCAGCAGGAGAAGGAAGCUCUAGGGAGAGAAUGCGGGCGGUUGCUGAAGCAGCUCGAUGUCCAUGUGAGAAACUACAACAAGAAACAUCAGCACCACAAAGCCAAGCUUCGCAGAGUCAGGGAUCACUUAGGUCAUGAAGUCGAACAACGAGACGAGAGAAUCAGACAACUCGAAAGCGACGUCCGAGCGCUGAAGCGGCAAGCGGAAAAGGAGAAGGAAUUCCAGAAGCAGGUCAUUGCCCAAAACGACACCCUGUUUCUAGAAAAAAGGAAACUUCGGGAGCAACUCGUGCGUCAGGAAGGAAUAAUUGACAAAAACAGGUGGAUGUUGUCUUCUGUCCAGAAAAGAGUACUUUUCCUGGAUCAAGAAAAUAAGCAUUUUCUGGAAAACAAUCUCCAGCUCUCACAGCAGAUUGAUCUCUUAGAGCGUGUCAUAAGGAGCAUCCUGAUCCGCAGAGGGGAGUCAAAGGAACUGAGACCGAGAGGUGACGUGACAUCGUUGCUGGAUGUUAUCAGAUCACGCAGCUGAUAAGUAGAAAAACAGGCCUGGAACCAGCUCCCUGUGGUCCCUGCUCUUGGCCACUGUCUCCUCAUCACACCCCAGUCAACUCCUUCCCUUGCAGGGGCGUUAGAGCGACCAGCGACAUGACCUGUAAUAGACCACAUGGGUCCCUGCACUGUAACGCCGUCUCUUCUCAGUCGGAUUAUAAACUCUGUCCAUCUUGUGAUCCACUGUUUCCCAAAUCCUUAGCACCGGGUGACUGCAACCCCUUCCUAACUCAUCUCCUUUCCUCCCCGUCUAACGUGUGGGGCCCACACCACUAGACUCUUUGCCAUGAAACAUGCUUGAUUUCAUCGUACUUCAUGCCAAAGAGUUUGGCAUGAGUGCCUUUGUCCAGAAGAUAAAGUUUGUUCAUCCAGCAAAUACUGAGGGCCCGUAUACAGUGCGUCAGGCUCAUGCUGGUCCCAUUUGGUUUGAAAAUGGUGAUGAACACAGGAGAGGGCCUGCCCUCCCAGGACUCGGGCCUCCUGAGAGCGACAAUCAGGUGCCCGGCACCCACCGUGGGCUGGGAUAAUUUCUCCGAGAGCAGUGGGCCCAGGACGCCGAGGGCGCAGGGGACAUGGUGUCUCAACCCGUCUGGGGUGGCCAGGGGAGGCUUCCAGAGUUGCUGAUGUCUAAGCCGGCAGAGCUGAAGCCGCGUAGGAACUUGCCAUGCUCCAAAUACCUUUCUGACGAGCCAGAAGAAAUGAAACCAGUCCAUUCGCCACCUCCCCAAAGCCCCGACACUCCCUCUGUUAACAUGCAUUUCCUCUGCUUGGAAGGACACAGCUUAUCUCCCCUCUUGCAUCUUUCCCGUCUUUGUCUUUUGAAGUCCUGUGGUUCUUUUGGUCUAUGGCCAGAGGGGUCUUUAGCAAAUGCAUGUAACCGAGCAGACGACGCAGCACCGUGCAAGGACCUCCCUCAGGCCUCAGGAUAAAAGCCACGUUUCCUGGCAUGGUCUUUGUAUGCUCUGUGACCAAGCCCCUGUCUGUGUUGGUCCAUGUUUUUCUGAGAAGGAAUAUUUGGUUUUUAAAGUCAUGGAACUCAACAGUUGCUUUUUCAUGAUUUAAAGCGACAGAAAAUAUUUUCCAGAAUAUUAAGUAAAGACAUAGCUAAGUAAAUAGAAUGGAAUGAUUCUAUCAGCUAAUAUGAGAUAAUUCCUAUAGAAAAUUAGAUAUAAAAAGCAGACGAGUAGGACAGAGAGAGUCUGGAGACCCGGGCUUUUAUGCCACACGGACUAUGGGUGCAGAAUGUGGAGUUACUUAUUUUGUGUGCGCAGUUUAUAAAUGCAUCCUCUGUGCUCAAAAAGCAGACUGCCUUCUCCAGGGAAGGCUGCCCAUUCA